AUGGCCGACCGUGCUCCAGUGACCGCGACGCAGAUCGAGCAUUCGACCACCACCAAGUCAGACGAGACGACAACUCGCGACCGCGGCAGGAGAGAUGCGCAACACGGUACAUUAUAUGAAGAAGAUCCGCGACAUCACGGCCGCCAUGGCAACAUUAGUGGUGGUCAUGGCCGAGAGCGCCAGCAGCGAGAAUAUACGCAGGACGACUAUGAAGCCAUGUACGACGAGGAACCUCGCAACGACACCCGCCCUAUACGCUACGGCGAUGAAAUGGAUACUGUCAAUAGCGACAGACCAGGCGAUCGAGACGAGCUACCGCAUCGCUCACGCUCCGGGGGCGGAUACCGAAGUCGCUCGCGGAGUCCUGGCCGCGACGCGGGCCGACCUUCAGACACUGUGAUUCUCGAGGGGCUUCCACGCAGUAUUUCACAGAAUGAGCUUCGUGAAAGUCUUCUGAGCCAUUCAAUUGCCUCAGAGAGCCCGACAUUUGAUAUCCGUAUACCGUCGUCCAAGGGUCAUCGUCGUGCCUUUAUUCAGUUUGAUCAUGUCGAUCGUGCUAUUGAUUUUGUUCAAGAGCACUAUCCAAAACUCAUCAUCCAUUUGAGGCAUUCAACUGAUGAGGCACCAGACGGCCAGUUCACUGCAUACUUGCAUUAUGCACGAUCCAGAGAUGAUGCCGAGGCACGAGCUCCCAAUGCAGAUUGGAUCUGUCCUCAGUGCGCGGCUUCAAACUUCGCUACUAGAAGCGUUUGUCGCGGCUGCGGAUGCUAUCCCUCUGGUGUCCACUGGGAACACAGCCUGACCGGGGCUGCCGAUGUCGCAGACUCUCCGUCCCAGAUUCUUGUUGUUUUCCCUCUUCCGCCAUUUGUUGACGAGGAGAUGCUUGGUCGAGAAAUGAAGCGACUCGAGCUGGAAAGGGCCGAGCCCGUGAAAACAGGCGGCGAUGCACCCAAGCUCAAAUCAACCGCUCCGACCAGCACGGGGCAAGGAUUUGGCGCCUCACAAGGCUCAUUGCAUAGAGUUUUUCUCAUGCGCGAUUCGCAAACGAACGAAUCCUUCAGAUAUGGGUUUGCCGAAUUCUGGACCGUGGAUGACGCCGCGUCCGCCGUGAAGAAAUACACCCUGGCCCGAAACUUUAGUAUAGCUGGUUGCGCUGUGAAUAUCUCCACGAUUCAUAUGGGUGUCUUCUUGCAAGAUGAUAAAGAGCCGACUCCUGCGACAGAAAAAAUGUCUUUCCACCCACUCUUCAACCCAUCAAUACGAGUUCGCUACAGGGAUGACCAUGUCUACCCCAGUCAGAUGAUCGUUGCGCCCGAGGCCCCAGCAAGUAUCCAAGAAAGAGCAGCUACCAAGGAGCAAGAUGAGUUGAAGCGAGCAAAGAAGCGCAAGGCUGACGGCAAUCUCGGAAACUCUGCCAAAAAGCCCCCUGUCAUGGCUGGGAAAAUGGCAAUGUGGCAGCGUAAGCAUGACGAGAUUCGCGCCCAGGUUGACCCUCAAGAGAGCUCAGCUAGGAGUAUAGAUGGACCCAAGUCUCAACCAUCAAAGCUCUCCUCAGCCAACGCGACUAUCAAAAUAUCGCUUUCCUCCGCAUCCAAACUGAUUGGUCAGCCCGAUGCACAGCCUGCAGAGGCCGCGGCAGAGACCCUGGUGCCUUUGCCAGGAGAUGAUACAGAAGCAACUCCGGAGUCAUAUAUGGACCGAGACCGGCUGAUGUGUCUCAUUUGUAUGCGUAAAUACAAGUCUACUGAUGAAGUCAGCAUCCACGAACGGUCGCGAAAUCACAAGACAGCCAUAGGAGAUCCAGGCUUAGUCAAGGCCGCAUUACCUCGUCUCGCUGUUCGAGAUAAGCGGUUACAAAAGCUGGGCAAGUCGGCGGAGGUAUCUGACUCGGGCAGUAUGGGCGACAACUCUGCUGCCGCCGACAAACAGUAUCGUGACCGGGCUAGAGAGCGACGUGAAGCAUACAGGCAGCCAAAGAAGCCAGCGCCGCAGCACGAUCCCUUGAAAGACAAGCCCGAGACCCCGUCUGCUCCUGCUGCUUCUGGUGCUCCUAUUCCGCCUGCUGCAUCCAAAGGUGCGAACCUGCUCGCGAAAAUGGGAUGGACCGCCGGCGCAGGGCUCGGUGCGAAUGGUGAGGGACGGACCGAUGUCAUUGAGACCAACGCAUACCAAGAGGGUGUUGGCCUCGGCGCCGAAGGUAGUAAUUUGGGUGACGCAGCUGAACGUGCAGGCCGCCAGACGCGAGGAGGUUAUGCCGAGUAUGUUAGUUCUGUGCAGGACAAAGCUCGGGAACGGUACAACAAGCUCGAAUAA